AUGCUUGCAGGACCUUCCGCUUCUCUUCGCUCUUUGUCUCCCUUCGAGCUCCUCGAUGUUCCCAUACUUGAACGUAUCGCGUUUUACUUGGCCACGAGUCGGUUCAUUGGACCACCGUCGGAAUUGGUCCCUCUCUUGUGCACUUCUCGUACUAUCAACGCAUCGCUCAGAUUCCGUAGUAAUCAUCAUCUAUAUUCCCAGAUUUUUUGCCAAAAAUUCGACUCGGCUGCAGUCACACGUCGUCUGUCGUGGGGACGCACUACUGUCGAGUGCUUUUCCGAGGAGCUUCGCAAGCGCAGUACCAUACUGACUCGUAUGCGUCAUCGGAAUGCGGAAAAUUUCGCCCAUCUUCAGGAGGAUCUUUGGGCAGUCUAUCUCAUACUACUCGAAAACGAUGGCAAAAACAUGGCCCAGCUGUGUCUGUGGGCAAAGCUUCCGACAUGGAUAGCAAGUGUUAUCGAAGACAAAUGCCAAGUUCCUCGAGAGCAUCCGCUCUCCUGGGUGAAAGAUAUCGAAGGCACUUCAUUGGUCCUUUGGCUCCUCUGGAUGAGCAGUGACGAAGGUGCGUUUUUGGUAUGCCAACUCUUACAUAUGCUAGAGCCUUUCCUUGUCCAUGGACAUCGAUUCUCAUCUGCGUACGCUCCUGAUGCAUUCUUCUAUCUGCCUCUUUGUGCAGAAACUGAGGUUGCAAUCCCAUGUACGACGGGUCUGCCGCUUCCCAUCGCCCGCGAUUUUGUACACUAUGGUCGAAAAAUUAAGCUCGCUGCACCGCCUCUGAUACCAGCUGCCCUCCUGAACUAUGUGGUCAGGCUGGAGGUGCGUUUAGACGAUAAUCCAUUGCCGUCUGCAGUCGCGCAACUUCCCGAGACGAGGGCGCAAGCUGCUGCAAUGGGAUUGUCUCUUCCGCGGCUUACACAAGAAGACAUCAUAAACUUCCACUUUCACACUCGCACAAGAUUUUUCGGCGACUAUAACGGCCUGGGCAGUGAGCGCCUUGAUAACGAAUGGUUCCGAACUGUAUCAUGCCAUGAUCCGUGGGCUGUGGAUCGACCACUUCGAGGAAUCUUUUACCAUCUUGGAUCAUUAACUGGGCACUGGAAUGGUCGCGCUUUGAUUCCAUAUUUGCAGGCCCACAUUGAUGCCAAUAUGCCAAAUCGCCGACCCUCGGUACAGGGUGUUACUUGGGCACAUGAACGCAUAUCUUGUGUGUUCAAAGAGCACCAUUGUUUGACCCCCGAUGAACCCAUUUCUGCACCUGCUGAAGCUCAUGGGUGGGGCGAGGAUAUCCUCAACGUUUGGUUGCCCCGUCGACUGGAAAUUAAACAUGGAAUUGAUGACUUAACAUUACAUGAUCGGGAAACUGGGAAGACUGUACGAUAUGAAACAUACCAUGCCGACCGCGAGAACCCUUACUCCAGACCGUCCAAGAUGAGCUCCGAAUGGCGUUGUGAUUUGCCGCCCGUAAGCGAGGAUUCACAAUAUGAAACGGACGAUGAUUAUGAGGAAGUUUUUGAGCAAAGAACCAGUGGCGUCACUGACAUCAUCAUCACGGGAGAGACGUACGAUCGGGAGAGCCCGGCUUGGGGUUCUUUCUCUUUCAUUGGCCGAGUAAGACCAUGGGAUGGCUUCGUUGUUCUGCUGCGACGGUCGGUACGUGAAAGAAGAUCUGAUUUGCGUCAUUCAUUUUAA